AUGGAAGACGGAGUAGUCAUCGACAAUGGAUCUUCGCUGAUACGUGUUGGUAUUGCAGGAGAUGAUACGUCCAAGUGUAUUGUUUUAAGCGGUGUUUAUUUACACGAUGGAAAAGAAAAGAUAUAUUCAUCAUUCAUGACUGUUCCCGACAAUGCAGUUGUAGCAAAAGUACCGAUCACCCGUGGGGUCAUUACUAAUUAUGACGUUAUAGAGAAAUUGUGGACGUAUGCCAUAGAGACUGAGAUUGACGCCGUUAUUCCCGAAAAAAACUUUCUGCUAACAGAGAGCGCAACUGCGCCAAUUGUCCAACGCAAAAAGUCAGCUGAACUAUUUUUAGAGAAAUUAAACGCUAAAGGAGUUGAAUUUGAGAACAGCCUUUAUCUCUCUCUUUUAUCAAGUGGGAGAACUACUGGUUGUGUUGUUGAGUCUGGAGAUGGUGUGACUCAUGUUGGUGGCUAUUCUGAUUGGACACAAAUCAAUGAAGUUGGCAGAUGUGAGUAUGGAGGAAGUGAUGUGACAAAGUACAUCAGUGGAGUCUUGAGAAGUCAAUGUGGGGUAUCCGAGUCUGUUGCAAAUUACAAUGCGAACCGUGUGAAAACCAGUUUAUGUAAAAUUGCUCUUCCAGAUUUCAGUGCUAUUGCCGAAAUGAAUAAAACUUCAGAAGAUCCGAAAUACACAUUACCAGAUGGAAGGCAAAUAUCCAUAGGAAUAGAAAGAUAUAUUGCAUGUGAGUCUCUCUUCAACCCCGAACUUAUUGGAAUACAUGAAAUUGGGAUACACGAAUUAGUCGUAAAUUAUUUGAAUAAAUUGGAUAAAGAUAUCCAGCAAACCAUGUUAUUGGAAAUGGUUCUUACUGGUGGGAACACGCUAUUUGAUAAUUUAUAUGACCGGUUGGACACAGAAAUAUCGAAGCGAGUCACUGCUAAACAUGGUAUGCAUAGAGUCAUCGCUCCACCAGAAAGAAUCAUGUCGACUUGGAUAGGGGGAUCAAUACUUAUGUCAUUAUCUACCAACGCUUCUCUUAUAGUUACAAAGAAGAUGUACGAUGAGAAGGGUGCUGACAUUCUUAGACUUCAACAACCAUCGAACAACAAUAAUUUUUUUAAGAAUGGUUAUUAA